AUGCACUUCACUAGCCUGCUCACCCUUCUGGCUGCCCCGGCCAUCGUUACAGCCACCCUGGACCCGGCUUCAUCGAACACCAAGGGCAAGAAGCCCAACAACCUCAACUGUAGUGCUGCCGCCACUUCCAACGCCAUCCAGGCUGCCGAGUGCUCCCACAACACUCGCACCUCAACCACCCAGACCUUUGCCGUCUUCGAGACUGACCACCAAUACGACGCUAACAACGGUGCUCCCUACGGUACAUGCACCGCUUACACCUGCGAAGGCCCCAGCAGCAGUGAGUUGGAGACCGACUCCGACUACUGGAUCUUCUACUGGAGCGAUGAUGGAGAAAGCUCCGGAUACGGCACCACCUGCAUCAAGGACCCCAACACUGGAGAGUGUGGUUGCGAGAACUCGGACGGUACUUUUAUUGCUGGUAGCUCUAGCUGUACUUAG